UUAAUUAACCAACCUUACGUAGUACGUAGUUACAUACAAAAGGCGUGGUUGUGGUAUGUGAGGAUAACAAAAUGGUGCAUGGUAACGACUCUCUGGUGAGAUAAACUACGGUAGCUCGACGGAGGUCGUGGUUCGCGGUGACGAUGGCAGUUCUUCGCUGAGAUAAGCUUAGGCGUCUCACCAAAGGUGAGGUGUGUUGCACGCGGUAACAAUGGUGGGGCAUUGCGUAGUUCUCGUGCAAUGUGGUGGUGGUGUAGCGGUGAUGACUUUUGAUAAGACAAGCUAUGACAAUUAGGCGGAGGUGGCACUAUACGAUGAUAACAGUGGCAUGGUGACGACAGACACGUUAGCGCUGCAGUGGCAUAGAUUGUCAAGACGGUGUAAAGGCGGUUCUUGGCUAUGACAAGGUGAUUAUCCAAAUGGCGUGAGACAAAGUGAUUGAUCAGACUAGUUCCGUCUUCUUCCUUGUCUCAUGGCCGAACGGAGGAGCUUUUACGGUUGCUACAAUGACAGCGAGAGAGUUUUGGAGGCAGAAGAGCGAGCUGGCUCCACAUAUCCCUAAAUCUGAAGCGAUGAGUAAAACUUGAAGCUAACUCUUCGAAUAUUUUCUUUUGAGUAAAUUUCACAAAACUACAUAUGCUUUGGUCAAAUUAUCACAAAACUGUAGAUUUAAGGUGAUGUAUCACAAAACUACAUAUUUAACACUAAAAUUCUCAAAGAACUACAUAUUUAAGGUGGAUCGCAAACUAUAGAUUAAGUAACAAAAUUAAUCCCCAAAAUUUAUAACUCAAAUAUAACACUAGUGCCAAGGAUUUAAACUCCAAAAUCUGCAGUUUUGUGAUAACUUUGUUACUAAAUCUAUAGUUUUGCGAUACUCCACUUUAAAUCUGUAGUUUUGUGAUAAAUUUGUUGUUAGAUUUAUAGUUUUGUGAUACAUCACCUUAAAUAUGUAGUUUUGUGAUAAUUUGGCUAGAGUAUAUGUAGUUUUGUGAAAUUUACUCUUUUCUUUUCGGUUGUUUGCUUUUCUUUUUAAUCUCGAUUAUGGGUUUUAAAGCGUAUGCAUUCGUGUAAUAUUUAGCUAUAUAUAUCCACUUAUGUGAAUAUAGAGAUUGGAUUAUUAACUUUGAAAAGAAAAAGUUACGCGUACAUAAGUAGGCGCGUACGGCCCGGCCGGCGGUGGCGCUCGCCACCUACCUCCACCUCCACCGCUCGCACCAAAUGCAUCCCUCUCCUACCUGGGCCUACUUGCUUUGCCCGCUGGCCCAUACUACGAAUUUCAUGGGCUUAGCUUCUAUAGCUGCUUUGGGCUUUCGAUUACAUAUGUGCCUAAAUGUUUUGGGCUUUAGAUUCCACUGCCUGCCAAGUCCAUACCUUUGGGCCGGCCCAGACUCCGUCCACUUGCACGUUGCAAGCGGGCUAAGCAACUCCAACGUGCAGUGUCCACGCGCAUUGGUGGAUCUCGAAGCUGCUUCUUCCUCCUCCUUUCCACCUCCUACGCAACCCACUGCACACUGCAAUUUUUUUAAAAAAAUUAUUUGUUUAAUUUUAAAUUUUAAAAACAAAAUACUUCCAAAACUUAUUUCGAAGGUCUAAAUCUUUUGAUCAUACCAACGAGCUGAUGUGGUAGAAUAAAAAUAUCAAGCCCGCUAUAGAUAAUGUGUUAGUAUUAUUUUAUCACAUCAGGCGAGCUAGCGUGACUAAAAAGUUUAGAUUUUGAAAAUAAGUUUUAAAAGCGUUUAUUUUAAAAAAUAAAAUUUAAAAAGUUUUUUUUAAAAAAAUUGUGCACUGCAUAUGCUGCUUCCUUCUACUCUACUGAUCGAGCAGAGCUAGCUUACCUAGCUGCCUGCACCCAAGAUCGAUCGCCAGUAGCUAGCUAGCUGCCAUGGAUCCGUACUGCGACGGUAAGAGCAAGAAGUCGCCGGCGAUGGGGAGGCGGCGGCGCUACUUCCGGUGCGGCACGACCAUGCUGACGAUGCUCCUCUUCGUCGUCACCAACUCCGCCUCCGUCCUCCUCUCCUCCGGCGCCGGCGCCUUCCUCCUCCGCCGCUACAAGCCGGCCACCGCCCGCCUCUGGGCAUGGGACGACUCCGCCGCGCUCCUCGACGACCUCAACGCCACGCAGUCCGCGCUCGCCGACACCCACGCCCAGCUCGCCGACCUCCACGCCCGCCUCGGCACCGCCAACUCCCUCCUCGAGACGCUCCUCGCCGCCAUGGCGGCCGAGCGGCGGGACGGCGGCACGCCGUGGGCUCGCGAGCUCUCCGGCGAGCUCGAGCUCGCCGUCGCGCCCCACCGGAACGUCACCGGCAAGGCGACGGUGUUCCCGGCGCUGGGACACGCGUGCGCCCGCUUCCAGGACGACCUGGAGGCGUACAUGAGGUACACGCCCGGCGGCGAGUGCCCCUCCGACGAGCAGCUGGCGCGCCGGCUCAUGCUCAACGGCUGCGACCCGCUGCCGCGGCGGCGGUGCCGGCCGCGUUCGCCGGCGGGGUACGUGCAGCCGUCGCCGCUGACGAAGAGCCUCUGGGCCAUCCCGCCGGACACCACCGUCGUGUGGGACGCGUACCGGUGCAAGAACUACUCGUGCCUGGUGCGCGGCGGCGGCGGCGGCGAGUUCGACCUGCUCGGCCGGGAGAAGCGCCGGUGGAUGCGCGACGACGGCGCGCUCGCCUACUCCAUCGACAGCGUGCUCGCGGCGAGGCCGAACGGCACGGUGCGCAUCGGGCUGGACAUCGGCGGCGUGUCCGGCACGUUCGCGGCGCGGAUGCGCGAGCGCGGCGUGGCCGUGGCGACCACGGCCAUGAACUCCGGCGGGCCGUCCGGCAGCCUGAUCGCGUCGCGGGGGCUCGUGCCGGUGCACGUCGGCCCGGCGCACCGGCUGCCGUUCUUCGACGGCACGCUCGACAUCGUGCACUGGACGUCGCCGGAGCACGUCGCCGGCGUGAUGCUGGAGUUCGCGCUGUUCGACAUCUACCGGGUGCUGAGGCCGGGAGGCUUGCUCUGGCUCGACCACUUCGUCUUCCCCGGCGAGCAGCUGAACGCGACGUUCGCGCCCAUGGUUGACAGGGUUGGGUUCAGAAGGCUACGAUGGAACACCGGCAAGAAGCUGGUCUCCGCACUGCUUGAGAAACCAAUGACAUGAACAAGGAGAAGAUUAGGGAAGAAUUAUUUGAUGCGCACUAAACAAACUUGUAAUCUUUUGUGACAGAACUGUGUUUCGUUUUAGUUCGUCUUUGUUUUGUUAUUUUUCAAAAUACAACUCGAAGCAUGGCAUUAUCAGAAGAUGAUUCUUGUGGAAAUUUUAUUUG